CCAUUUUCACUUCAACCACCACACCAUAUGUCCCGUCUCGUCUUCGAUUCUGUGUUUCUGCGACUUGUAGGAGGAAGAAGAGAGAAGAAGAAGAGCAAAUGGCGUGGAGAGGAAACAUAUCGAAGUCUCUCAAAGAGCUCAGGAUCCUUCUCUGUCAGUCUUCUCCCGCUAGCGCUUCCACCAGGACGUUCGUGGAGAAGAAUUACAAGGAUUUGAAGACUCUGAACCCUAAGUUCCCUUUCCUGAUCCGGGAUUGUAGUGGAGUCCAGCCUCAGAUGUGGGCGAGAUAUGAUAUGGGUGUGGAGAGGUGUGUAAACUUGGAUGGUAUGAGCGAGUCACAGAUUCUGAAAUCUCUUGAAGACCUUGUGAAAUCCGGAGGAGCUACAAAAGCCUAAGUCUAUUUGUCUUGUUUGUUUUUAUCUAAAGAUGAUUUCGAAUAAGCUUUGACCUGGAAACACUCAUGUGACAACUAUUUCUUUUGGUGUCAUAUCGCCUUUCGUUUUGAGUUGUUUCAUUUCUUCGCUGUAAUCUCUUGAACUUGGUAUGAAGUAUAAACCAAAUCAUUCCAUAUGAUUGUUGAAAUCAUAGAAAGGAGGAAACAAUACUAGAAAAAAACGAAUGUGGAUGAGCUCAUUUUUCUCCUAAUUAAUUAU